AAAAAAAGUGCCAAGUAUUAAAUUUUAAUUAAAUUAGAAAAAUGGAAAAAGAAAGAUUUUCACUGUUGCUCUUGGAUCCUGGCGAAAUUUAUUUCGAGGAUUUUAGCGUACUGUUCAUACCGCCGGACACGACACCGAAAACGUACGACACCAAGAAGCAGGACGGCAGAUUAAAAAUGUGUUCAAAGUCCUUAGUGUUCGAUCCCAAAGACAUAUCCCAUCCGAUAAUUAAGAUCCUCUACAAGGAUUGCGUUGUCAUCGAGCAAUGGAAGGGCACGGCGAAGUUCCUGAACAGCAACAACAACGUAUUGAGCGUCAAUUGCAAAGAGUACAUAGAGCUUCUAGAGAAAAACAUCAUCGCUCCGUAUCAGUUCAAAAAGCCCGCAAAUUUUUUGUUCUUACUCAAUUACGCGAAUGUUGCUAAUUGUUUACCGCAGAUGUGCCAACUGCACAGGGCUAGUAGUUUACCGGCUGCUGAGCAAUCUGAUAUGAUAGCUACUAUUGUACAUUCGAGGCAGUCUAGAGAUGUUUUCGAUCCGAGAUGGAUGGACUUGUACGAAAAAAUCGUGAUUGAAUUGCAAACCGAUAAAGUUUCCCCGUUAGUAGUUAAUCCUGGUCGAAUAGUGUUAUCGACAUCGAAAUUAUACUUUCAACCUUACAAUAAAAUGGGAGAGUAUCCAAUAAAAAUCAAUCUGAGUAGUAUUAAGCAGGUGGUCAAACGAAGGUUUCUACUGAGGCAAAUCGGAUUAGAGAUAUACUGUAACGAUAAUUCUCCAAAUCCACACGUAUAUUUUUCGUUCAGAAAUCAGCAAUCCAGAGACGAACUCUACAACAAUUUGCUUAAACAAUCGGAACUUAAGCUUACGGAAAUGUUGCAAGACACGAUUACUCUACAAUGGCAGAACGGCAUCAUUUCUAAUUACGAUUAUCUGCUUUAUAUUAAUAGCUUGGGGGACAGGACUUUUAACGACUUGACCCAGUACCCGAUCUUCCCCUGGGUAAUUUCGAACUACACCGAAGACGAUUUAGACCUGAACGAUCCGAAAAACUACCGCGAUCUGUCCAAACCAAUAGGAGCCUUAAACGAAAUCCGCCUGAAUCGCCUGCUGGAAAGAUACCAGGAAAUGUCGAGCAACAAAUUCCUCUACGGUUCGCACUACUCGACGCCCGGAUUCGUGCUCUACUACCUAGCCAGGCUCUACCCGCAUUACGUGCUCUGUUUGCAGAGCGGCCGGUUCGAUCAUCCCGACAGGAUGUUCAAUUCCGUCGCCGACGCCUACAAGAACUGCCUGAACAACAUGUCCGACUUCAAGGAGCUGAUACCGCAGUUCUACGAUGUGUCCGAAGGCGGGAGUUUCUUGGUGAACGGUAUGGGUAUUAACUUCGGUUAUAGGCACAAUAAUUCGAAAGUGGGCGAUGUGGAGUUGCCCCCGUGGAGCUCCGGCCCGAAGGAUUUCGUGCAGAAGUUGAGGGACGCUUUGGAAAGCGAUAUCGUCUCGGAGUCGCUUCCUAAAUGGAUCGAUUUGAUAUUCGGGUACAAGCAAAGGGGCGAGGAAGCUGUCAAGGCGAAUAAUCUGUUUUAUCAUUUGUGUUACGAAGGUGCAAUUGAUUUGGAAGCGAUUACCGAUCGUAAUCAGCGACACGCUCUCGAAGUGCAAAUAAUGGAAUUCGGUCAAAUUCCGAAGCAAGUUUUUAGAGUACCGCAUCCUCAGAGGAAAAUCGGUUGUAGCAUUCUGACAGAACCGUACGAAAUUACUAAUCAUUCAUCUGAUACAGGCAAUUGGAGAGAAUCUACUGCUUUGGAAUUGUCCACGAGUUUUAAUUCGCACAAAAGCACAGUGAGUCAUUUAUUUAUCAGCGAGGACGGCACUAAAAUCACUUCAGUGGGUCACGAUUCGAAGCUCAAAGUGUUUUCCUUGGCACAAAAUAAGCAAAUCAGAUCGGCCAAUAUAGGGCAAAUGCCGUUGAGCAGUUGCAUUCAACUACCCAAUUCUAACGUCAUCGUCAUAGCGAGUUGGGAUAAUGAAAUUUCUUUAUACGAUAUGGAUUAUGGAAGAGUGGUAGAAAAUGUACUAGCGCACGAGGAUGCUAUUACUUGCAUGUGUUUCGAUGUAGCUUCUAAUAUUCUUGUAUCAGGAAGCGGAGAUUGUACGAUUAAAAUAUGGAAGGGGCUGAACAAUAACGGAUGCAUCAAACCCAUACAGUGCCUUCAGAAACAAAUUGAUCACAAUUCUCAGGUCAAUUGUCUCAGUUUCAACAGUGUGAGUAAUCAUUUAGCGGUAGGAACGGAAGACGGGGACGUUUACAUAUGGGAAAUGUCAGGGUUUUCUCUGUUCAAGAAAUACACUAGCCAAUCGUCCAGUAUUACAGCUGUCAGUUACAAUUCAGACGGGACCAAACUGGCCACGGGUAGUAGAGAUAGAGUCUUCCAAAUAAUCGACGUGAAUACGGCCCUGCCGGUGUUCAGUAAAACGUUAACUUCCAGUAUUUCAUCGAUGAAGUGGCGGGACUAUUUGCUAAUCUUAGGGUGCGAUGAUGGAAUGUUACUUUUGUGGGACAUUUUCGAAGUCAAAAUCCUGAUGGAAGUCGCGGCUCAUGCUGGUCCGAUUAAAACGAUAGAUAUAUCGUGUUGUAAAGACGAUUUUAUAGCCACGGGCAGUCAAGACAAAUCGAUUAAAGUUUGGAAACCGAAGGCGAAAUGUUGAUUUUACUUACGUACUUAAUUAUGCUUUAAUCUACCUAGUAGAACUUAGCGAUUAAAUCAUGUAUAUGCGAAUUUUUGAUACAUCUAUGUGAUACAUUUUCAUUAACUAAUUUUUUAUAUUAUUAUUGUUAUAUCAUUCCUUU